CCAUUGGCUUUCCACGAACAAAAACGCAACUGCCUCGAGGCUUAAGAAGAACCUCGUGCUACGCUGGAAAUAGGGCUUGGGAACCUUGCUUGUACAGGCCGCCCAGAGAUUGCCCGAGGAGGGAAUCCUUGUCAGGGAUUUGGUUGGAACCAGCUGGCACCUGUAGCUGAGCCUGGCACUUGUCAGUGAUUAUAUCUAACCUCAUAUGAUUUCCCAUAAAAUUUUGCUAACACAUAGAUCAUAUAUACUGAGCCAGUGAUUAGGGCUAAAGCAACACGCUGAAACGGUGUUUGGUUUUCCGACGUUCAGCCGCCAUGCUCCCUAUCGCUAACUUGAAUCUCAAAGACCUCUACCAAUCAACCUUCGAAUUCUUUGCCUCGCUUGGUCCUUCCUUUUCUUUCAGUGCUGCCAGCGCUGAAGACUCCGUCUCUGACUUAUCUUUUCCGUUGACGCCGACAGACCCGACGCCGAGGAACGAGGAGUCUACUUCAUUACGUGACAGGUUGGAUGCUGCCGAACGAACUGACUCUCACAAUUCGUCAUUUUGUAAUCCUUCGGUUGGCGCCACUGCUGCAGCCUCUACUCUUGAUUCAAUGCGCCGCGAACACGAUGCUAUAAAAAACGAACUAUCCAAAACACAAGCGGAAGUCGCUCGCUGGGAGGAAAAGUAUAAAACCCUCGAGAAAACCCUCAAAGAAACGAGAGACCUUUUGAAGGUCAGAGACCAGGAGAUUCAGGUGCUUAAGGAGCGCGAAAAGCACUCUCCAGAGCGUCAUCUCCGUUCCACCCACUUCGAUCGUCGACGAAGCCGUGAUCCUGCACAUCAGCGAUCAGACUCAUCCCAGUCUGGGCAUGUCCGACUGAGCGCUGACUGGUCAGAGAUCCGUGACGAUACCUUAUCGCAUGCCAACGGCAAUCAUCGCCGCAAUGGUAGUGAGCUUUACCCAGACAACAUGUCUACUGUGUCCGAGGAAGAGCGAGCCCAGUCUCGCAGCUUAGAGACCUUCCUGAACAAGAUCGAUUUGUGGUCUGGAGCGCAGGUCAUACAAGCUGUGCAAGAUCUCAACUCUGAAAUUCUCCAGUUUGCAGCAUCUGCCACAGAACUUUGCACGUUCUUGAAGCAGCGCCCUAAUUCAGCAAAGGUUACGCAAGCUUCCUCUGAAGUUGCCACGAGGUUGGGUGUUGCCCUGAGUCGCUUAUUGGCAACUCGGGAUCACUCCCAAGAUCCUAUGCUGGUUCAGCUAGCUCUUCAGGGUUGCAUCUCGUACUGCAUAUCUAGAGCACUAUCAUCGUUCUGCAUUGGUUACCAGUCCAAGGCCAACAUCAUCCUGACCCAGAUCUAUACACACAUGUUUCACUCAGAACCUCAGCCAACCUCGUCGCGAUGGAGAGCAUUGACUCAUAAACACAUCCAUGAGCUCCACGCCGAACUUAAUGAUUACGCAAUCAAUGAGAUGACGGAAACGAUCUUCCGUUGGUCGCUAGACAUUUUCCUCAUUUCUGGUAGCACCAAUCCGCAGCCCAAUCCGGCUUCCCGCGAGAACUUUCGUGCAUGCUUCGGGGCCCAAGUCAAACGGAUCUCGAAGGCCGCUUGCAGGCUAGCGCAAGUGACGAAGGAAGAGAUUAUGUCGGCGAACUUCGAGGUUAUCGCUGCGGAUAGCGGCCAGCUUUUUGACGGGCAGGAGAUGAUGGAUGCAUUUGAAGACUAUGGAUCGUCGGAUGGCGUUGUUCUGUGCACGACGGAACUGGGCCUACGUUGCUCGACGAGAAAAGCCCCGAGCGACGCGCUAGCUUCGGAAGAAAGCAUAGAUCGGCGUAUACUGUUGCGACCCAAGGUGGUUCUUGAAUCCGUUGUAGAAGUUAUUGACCCACGAUGAUGUCUCUUUUCUUGUUAACAAUUUCUGCUGCAUCUAUGUACUUUACAUAAUCUCAUCUAUCCAUCCAUUCAUCCAUACCAUUCACUGCUCUUGUAUACGUUUCUUUGUACUUAUAUGUACUUACUUUCAUGGACGUUACUAUGGUAUUUAGUAUUAGUAGAUCACUUGGAUAUUGUUUAUCCGUAUUUGAUCCUAAAGC